AUGGAAAUCCCUCUCCAGUCAACCGCUCCCCUGUCCCUCCGUCCGGGAGCGUUUCCGAGCCUGACUUCUGACCGUAGGAGCCCCGUGCCUGGUGGUCCAGAUUCGUCGUAUCAGCAUCAGCCGCAGCGGUCGCCGCACCACGAGGGGGAGCCUGGCGCAUCUGGGUACCCGCAGUGGGGGGGACAGGGGCCAGGGGGUCCGCGCGAAGGCCCGCGGGGGGGGCCGUACGGGGGGACGCCGCCAGGUGGUUCGCUGCGGAGCUCGCCUAACCCCUCUGCGUGGUCGACCUCCACCGUGCGUCUCUUUCCCUGGCCCCUCCCCUGGCCCUUUUCUCGUCCCUUUCCUCGUCCCUCUCCUCGUCCCGCUUCUCGUCCCUCUCCUAGUCCUUCUCCUGUCCCUAUCCUCGUUCCUCUCGCCUUGUCCCUCCCUCGACCGUCACCUGCAUCGCUCCCCGCGUCCCGCUCCUGCGUCCCUCUUCUGAGUCGUUCGCCGGACCGCCAUGGCGAAUCGGACGGCAAAGGAGGGCAGUUCCAUCUGUCGGCGGGAGAUUUUCCCUCGCUGGGGUCAGAACAGGCCAAGCAGCAGCAGCUGCAGCAGGAGCAGGAGCAGCAGGGGCAGCAAGGCCAGCAGCAGCAGCAGCAGCAACAGGGACAGCAAGAGGGCUCGCGUCAUCCGAGUGAGCAGGACGACGCGGGGUAUUACCGAGGGAGGGACGACGGGCAGGAGCACGGAGAGCACGGGCAGCGUGGUGAAGGGCCCAUGGGAUGGGACCAAGGCAUGGGGCGCAGGCCUGGCGCGGGACCAGAGCAGAUGAUGCCUGCGCGCUGGCAUCCGCACCCCCCCGGCGCGGGGGGCGGAGGCUUUGAGGAUCCCCCCCCGCACGGCCUCUGGCCCGCGCACAGGGCGGACCGUAUGCCUCCCCCUCCUGGGGACACGUGGCACCGCGGCGGCCCUGAUGGUGACACGUGGCGUCAUGGAUCUGGUGGGAGCGGUGGGGACGGGGGUGGCGGAGGUGGAGGCGGAGGAGCGGGGGCGUCGUGGCGGAGGGGUGAGGUUGGUGUUGGGAGGUCCCCGCCUCCGCCGGGUGCGGCCGCGGGGGCGGAAAUGUGGCGGGAGAGGGGUCCGGAGAGUGAAAACUGGCGCGCGGGGGGACCAGCAGGAACAGGACCAGGCGCGGGUGGUGCAGCAGGAGGGGGAGGGCCGGGGGAGAACUGGCGGGGGCCGCCAGGGAUGGCCCCGCCAAUGGGGUAUGGGCGUGGCGGGGGACACCCAAUGUACCGCGGACCAGAAGGCCCGGAGUUCGGGUUUGCGCACGGGGGGGGGCGGGGCGGCCCUCCGCCUGGGGCAAUGUACGACGGGCCCAUGCGCCCGGGGAUGAUGCCCCCGCACGGCUACGGCAUGCAUAUGGAUCCGCGGGGAGGGGGGAGGUUUGGCGCGCGGUAUGGCCCGGGGCAUGGGCCGGGCGGGGGGAUUCCGCAUGGUCCACAAGGGAGAGGCGCAGGUUCGCAGUUUGACAUGCCCCCUGGAAUGUUCCCCCCUCCGCCGCCGUUUGACCAUUUCCAUGCGCCGCUGGGACAGGGCCGCCCGCCUUUCCGCCCCAUGGGCGCGCACGAGUUUAUGGGCGCGGGGCGGGGAGGCCCGCAAGGGUUUGACGGGCGCGGGGGCAUGGCGCGGGAGCAUGCGGGGCGCGGGCAUGGCCGUCCGCCUCUGGAGCCGUACUGUCCGCGCGGGGAAAUUGGUGCAGGGGAUGGAUGGCAGGGGCAAGCAUCUGCUCCAGGGGCGGUGGACGAGGGGAAGCGGAGGGGAGGGGAAUCCGGGGAGGCGCAAGACGGUAGCGAAGGGCAGCGGAAGGGCCAGGAGCAGUCUCAGCAGCAGCAGCAGCAGCAACAGCAGCAGUCACAGUCGCAGCAGCAGCAGUCACAAUCGCAACAGCAGCAAGCUUCGCAGCCGCAUCGACCAUACCACAAGGAUCACCACAUUGGGAUCGACUGGGCCUCUGCAGAGAGCGAAGCCAUGGACUUUUCAAAACCCGCGUUUGAGGAUGACCCGUUUCUGGGUAGAGCACCGGAGGGGACCCCGCGCGGGGCAGAUGGAGGGAAGGGGGAACAUGGGGGGCGGGAAACUGGAAGGGGCGCGGAAAGCGCUGGAAGAACGCAGCCAGAGCAGGUGCGCAUUCUUAAGCGGCCGGAAGGUGGGGCGCCUGGCGGAGAGGGGGUGGCGCAAGGGGUUAGUGCGGGCAGUGGGAGUGCAGGGGUGGCUGCGCAGGUCGCAUCUGGGCAGGUCGCAUCUGGGCCAGUGCCAUCUGCGGAGGCAGCAGCAGGUGGGCAUGUAGCGGGUGUGACUGGUCCGAUCGCAGGGCUGGGGAGGGAGGUCCUCGUUAAGAGCCCGCGGCCGUUCAGCCGAGGCCCCCUGCGGUCGCCGCGGGAGGUACCUCAAAGGAGGGCCUCUCCCGCUCCUGAUCCCCGUGCUGCACCUGGUUCCGCGCCUGCUGGUUCCGCGGCUGCCGCAUCUGGUUCCGCGCCUGCUGCCGCGCCUGCCAUGGGCCCUUCUGCUGGUACUGCGGCGCCUAGUGGCAGUGCUGGUGAGGGAGGUUCCGCGGCGGGGGCAGGGCAGACAGUGGCAGUAAAGCCGAUCCAGGCAGGUCCGCAGGCGGCGAGUACAGCGCCUCUGCAAGCGCAGGGAGCAUCUGCGGAAGGCGCGCAGGACCAGGGUCCGGGGAGUGGAUUUGCUGCCGCUGGCGGAGGUGGGGCGGGGCGGGGCCGCGGGCGCGGAAGAGAGCAAGGCAGGCUGAGGGGGGCGGGGGAGGCGGACGGGCGGUGGACCCCCGCGCGGCAGCAGGGGGAGGCUCAGGGCAGGGGGGAUGGGGGCGCGGGCAGAGGAAUGGGCGGAAGGGAGGGGCCUGUGCAGGGCCGGAGGGGGGCGGUUGGUAGAGUGGCGGAGAGAGAAGAGCAGGGGCAGCAGAGAGGGGUUUCGGGGCAGGUCGGGCAGGUGGGUACCGGGGCGAGUAUGGCAGGUGGAGUGCCAGGGCAGGGAACUGGACCGGAAUCUUCGAAUGCAGGGGCAGCUGCUAGCUCUGCUGCUCCAGGCCUCGCACAAAACUCCUCGGAAGGGUCAGUAGGAGGUGUGGCAGGAGGAGGUGGAGGAGGAGGAGGAGCAGCAGCAGCAGCCGCAGGUGGAAACGUUAAGGCGGAGCCGCUACUCCCCGCGCCUACAUCCGUUCCGCGGAUUAUCAUGGGUCCCCCAAUCCCCCAGUUCCUCGCCCCUGUCGGGCCUUCCCACGGGAUGCGCCAUCCGCAGUUCUUCCCCCACCCGCCCUUCCCCAUGCAGCACAAUCUUCCGCCUAACCUUCCGUCCAACAUGCCCCCGAACGCUCCCCCUGGCGCGCGCCCCCCGUCCUUGCUCCCCGGACAGCAGGUGCUGCCUCUGCACCUGCUUCCGCCAGGCCAUGCGCCCCCGCACCAACCUCCCCCCGGCGCGCAUCCGCACGCCCAUCCCUAUGCGCCCCACGCGCAAGGCGCCAAAGACAGCCUGCUUGCGCUACCCGCGGGAGGGCCCGCUAAUUUCCUCGCGGGGAUGCCUGCGCCAGGGGCGUGGGGGGGGCCUGGGGCACCGGGGGGACAUGGGGGACCGGGGGGAUCAGGGGAAGGAGCAGCUGGGGGGCAGGUGGCACCUGGACAGGCCGUAUCUGUGAAUGAGAGGGCCAAGGGAGGGGCGGGGACGGGAUGGGGCGGGGAGAUGGCAGGUCAAGGCGGGGCAGGAAGAGGAGCAGCAGAAGGAGGAGUGGGAAACGGUGGAGUGGUGUCUAGUGGAGGAUAUGUGGAGGCAGGAAGCGUUGGCUCUGCUGGAAGCUCAAGAAAAGAAGUGGUAUCCACUCUCCCUCAGCAGCACACAGUGCUGCAUCCAGCACCAGCAUCAGUUGCCGAACCACAUGCGCCUUACGGGCCUCAUUCCGGGCCUCCACCCCCCACUGCUGCUAACUUGGUUACCGGACCUGUUGCCCCUGCUCUCGUACCUAAUGACACGAGUGCAGGAGAUAAGGGGGAGGUUGGGGAAGGAGCAGGUGGGGGGAAUAGAGGGAGGGGGAGGAAGCGGGGAGGGCAGAGGAGAAAGGGCGGAAGGGGGAAAGGAGGGGCGGAAGGUGAAGCGGGGGGAGGAGAGGGGGCGGUUGAGGGGGAUGCAUCUGGUGGUGUUUCUGGGGGUGGGGGUGGUGGGAGUGCUGGCGGUGGUGGUGGAGUAUUGGGAGGAGGAGGUGGUGGCGGUGGGGAUCAAAUGGCUGGUACGUCACAGCAGCAGCAGGUGCAGCAGCAGCAGCAUCGUCAACAGCAGCCACAGCCACAGCAGCAGCAGCAGCAGCAGCAGCAGCAGCAGCAGCAGCAGCAGCAGCAGCAGCAGCAGCAGCAGCAGCAGGCCCAGAGUUCGGGACACGGGCAGGAACAGGGGCAAGCUCAGGGGCAGGGGCAGGGGCCGCGGCAGCAGAGGGGUGUGCGGGCGCAGGGGCAACAACCGCAACAAGGGCAGCACGGGCAGCAGCACGGGCAGCAGCACGGGCAGCAGGAGAAAGGGCGGUCAGAGAGCGACCAGCAGAGGUCUGCAGCGGCCGCUGCUGCCGCUGCCGCUGCUGCCAAGGUAGCCCUCUCGGGCAUGAGAGGGGGCACUGGUAGCCGGGAAGGGGGAGCUGCUGCAGGGAGGGAGGUCAGGGAGGCAGGGGGUGGCGUUGGUGGUGCAGGAGCGGGCGAGGGGUCGGCAGGGGCUGUGGCAGCAGGGGGCGCGGGAGCAGCAGGGAGUGUGGGAGCAGCAGGAGUGAGUGCAGGAGCGGGUGCUGGAGGGUCAGGUGUAGGAAUCCCCGCUGGUGGAAACACAGUGGGUGCGGCAGCUGCAGGAGGGGCAGCAGCAAGGGUGGCAGUGGGUGGGGUAGCAGCAGGUGGUGGGUCCAAGGGGCAGAGGGCCGGUGCUGGUGGAGACUCUGAGAAGCAGGCAGGAGGAGCAGGAGGAGGAGGAGGCAUAGGAGGAGCAGCAGCAGGAGGAGGGGCAAAGGGUGAUGGAUCGCAAGGGAAGGGAGGAGCGAGGGGAGGAGGGCGUGGAGGGGUGAGAGGAGGUCGUGGGGGUGCCGGAGGCGCAGAAGGUUCUGCAGCAGUGGGGGGAGGGGGCGGAGGAGCAGGGGCAAGAGGAUCAGGGGGUGGAGGAGGAGCAGGAGCAGGAGCAGCAGGAGGGGGAGGAGGAGGAGGAGGAGGAGGAGGGGGGAAGGGCACUGGAGGACGCGUGGAGGGGGGAGGCAGUGCUGCUGGGGGGUCGGUAAGUGGAGCAGCAAGCACGGGAGGCCAAGGAGGGGGUGGGCGGAGGCAUGGGGGAAGGCGAGGAGGGUCAGGGGGGAGGGGAACUAGUCAGGGAGGAAGUAAUGGAGGGGAGGUGGGUGGGGGUGGGGGUGGGGGAAUGGGAGGUAAGGUAGAUUCAGGGAAGGCUGCGACCAGUUGGGCUGCUGCUGCUGCUGCUGCUGCAUCUGGUCCUGCUCCCCCUCGUCCAUCCUCUUCAGGUGCUCCUUCAGGUGCUCCUUCAGGUUUCCCUUCGGGUGCCACUUCUGUAGCUGCUGCUGCACCCUCUGGUGGCAGUGUGAGCGGGGCGAGUGGAGUGAGCACAGGUAUCACUGCGGCUGCACCGGGCACAUCAACUGCUGGGACGAAGCCAGAGCCUGGUGCUGGUGGUGUGGCAGCUGGUGUGAAGGCAACUGGAUGGGGCAUUGCGGGUCCAACUGGGGUGCCCACUGGUGUGAAAGCAACGGCAGCGCUGCAACCAGCUGCAGCGGCAACAGCAGCUGUUGCGUCUCCUGCCAAGCCUGCCACCCAGCCUAGACCAGGCUCGGCCGAGGCUCGGUGGGAGGCUUGGGAGGUGGUCCGGGAGGAGGUCCGGGUGUACCAGGACGAGGUUCGGAACGGCCUCGGGAGGUGA